AUGUCUGACGCUGAGCUGUGGAGGCUUGUGGACUCGCGUGCUCCGCUCUCUGCCCUCCUGCGCCACCCGCUCUUCCUCACCAGGGUAAAGUCUGGCUCGCUUCUCAUCCUCGCUCUGGAUGGCAACUCGAGCAGUGACAGCAUGGCUGGCUUGUCCGACACAACCGACUCGGACGACACGACCAACGCGGCUACCGACAAGACCAACACAACCGACGCGACCGACACGACCACCGACUCGGUUGACAUGACCGACACGACCGACACGACCACCGACACGACCGACACAACCACAGAGUCGGACGAUGCCACAGACGAUGGACCGAUCGCGGCAGACUACACCCCGAUUCCCGACGGAGAGGAUCAUGAUGGUGUCGGCAUGGCGCUCAUUCAGACGGCCCAAGGCCUGCGCGGGCCGCCAGUGCCAAAGGGGCAGGCCGAAGUUGGCCGGCUUGAGCAAGAGCAGGCGCUGCUGAGCCAGGAGGCUGGGGAGCAGUACGAUGCCGAGUUGGCCGAACUGGCAAUCGAGGUCUUCCGGUCGCAGGCGCGCCGUGUCGUCACUGCUAUGACUCUCGACCAUGUCCGCCGCGUGCUGGAGCGGGUGGCCACGGUGGCACCGGGAGUGUCCAGCACCGCAGCUGCCUGGCUGCUCGAGCCUGACACGCAGCUUGCCCACCUGGCUACCAUCCUGGAGUUCUUGCUCACCCACUCGCCGCAGCCGGUCAUGUCACAGCUCCCGCUGGUUCCAGGCGUUCUUGACGGCAUCCUCGCCAACAUCCACCGGACUGGCAUGUUCAACCUCAUGCACGCCCUCGUUGUCCACUCGGAGCCCGACGUGCUCUCGUGGCUCUUCUCGGCGGCUGUUGUCGAGAAGCUCAUCGCCAGGCUCAGCCCAGAUGCCGCGUCCGGACGUGCCCCGUUGGGCGCUGCCGCACUGCUUACCGCUGCUGAUGACGCCACCGCCACCGCUGCUGCCGCCGCUGACCUUAUCAUCGCCAUCCUCGAGUGGUACCCGCGUGCUGUACUCAAACAGGCAACCACUCCGCUCUUCCCACUUGUCCUUCCGCUCUUCAUCGAGCAAAAUCUGGUAGCCAUCGUCACUACCCUCGCCGCACUCGCCUCGCCACCGACACAACAUGCCUCGUUUGACAUCCUCCCCACCGUUCGCGUCGUCCGCGCCAUUCUCUACUUUGUCCACUCGCCGCAAUGGCUUCCGUCACCCGGCACUUUGCAGCGACCAGCUACCAAGGCUCACGAGCUUCCCGAUCCCCUGCCGCUGAUGGCCACCAUUUGUCUCGACACCCUGCCCAUCGCCAUUCCGCCGCUUGUGGCCCUCCUCGACGUCGCCCCGCCGGCAUGGCCACUGCCCCAUUCGCGACAGCGGCUCGGCUCGCUCCGUAUGGCCGUCGCCGAGACGCUCACGCUCUUCACCACGUUUUCAGGCGACGUGCCCGACAUCCUCACUACCCUUGUCCGCGAGAACGCUCUCCGCCGGAUGACCGACCUGUUCUUUGCUUUUCCGUCGGCCAACACCUACAGCUCGGUCUACACCACGCUCGUCUCCACUUUGCUUGUUGCUGCCUACGUCCAUCCCGAGCUGGUGGUCGAGCUCGCCGACUCGGUUGCUCUCCCGGUCCGCCUUGCCGAGCACACGUUGAUGACGCUGCAGGCGCCCGGCCCGCGGCCCAGCAACAUGGGCCACAUCAUCGCCCUCGGGAACGCUAUCAAGGACAACGCCCUCCUCGCACCGCUCCUUGCCGACUCGCCGCCGUGGCUUGCCUUUUACAAUGUUUUUCUCGUCCGCGCCAACCGGCGCGCCGACGGCCGCCUCUGCGAAACGCCGCUACUGGCCGUCUCGCCAGCCUCGCGCAAGGCCCGCAAGCAAGAAGCCAAGGAUAUGCGCCGCGCCAUGCGCGAGUCGCUCGAGCUUGCCCAGCAGCGCAGUCUGGAUCAGUCGUCGCCAUCGUCGUCCAACGACGCCGUGGCCGAACAGCCGCCGCGCCUCCCCUCUUCCCGCCCGGUUCACCUCCCGCGGCUCGCCCUCGUUCCCGACGAUGCAGCCCGCGAAGCGCAGGCCAUCGUCGACGAGGCUGGCCCGCGCUUGCGCGGGCCGAGCCUUCUCCGUGGCGUCAGCGACGCCCACUCGUCAAACGGUCCAGGCACACCGCGCCCUACCGACUCGUCUCAGCUGCUCUCGUUUGCUGAGAUGCUCUCGGCGCUCGAGACCCCUGCAUCCGCGUCGGCCUCGGCCGCAGACGCUGCUGCAGACUCGAAGGAUGGCAACGACGGCGCCGUCUGUGAGCCGGCCGGCCGGCUCAGCAGCGCUCACGAGCCGACGCCGGCACCGGACUCGUCUACCGGCCUCGACUCGGUGCUCGGUAUGAUGACCGUUGCCACCGUGCUUCUCGCCGGCGUGGCGACCGCCGUGUGGUGGGCGCGCGCAAGUCGGCCGUUUAUCAACUAA